AUGCCCGCAUUUACCGCGCUUGCAAGACGUGAAGGAGGAGUCGCUCCCGUUUUCUACAGGAGGGUUAAAUGUGUGAAACGCGGUGGAGUUCGAUUCACUAUCGGAGGAAACCCAUACUUCACAAUGAUUUUGAUCGACAACGUUGGAGGUGCAGGUGAUAUCAGGUCUAUGAGGGUUAAGGGGCAGUAUGGCGGUUGGGUGAACAUAUUCCGGAACUGGGGAUCGAUACGGACUUGCCGGACCAAGGUAGCUGGAGCAUUGUCUUUCAUGAUCACGACGACAGACGGACGGUCCAUAGUGUCCAACAGAGCGGCAAACGUGGGAGGGCUGCCAGUUCAGAUAGUCCCACUGGGACCCAUCGCGAUUCUUAGUCUGUCUCGCAAGGGACCGUUUCGAUCGAAACUCAACGACGCUCCUCGGACCCUGAUGUGCCUGCAGGAAUGGCCCGUUCGUCCGCGCGAAGCUGAUCGCAGCCCGAGACGGUCACGAAGACCUGCUGCUUCGCUGCACAUUCUUUCAGUUUGGUAGUCCCCAGUUGCUACAAUCGGUACGAUAGAGGGAAGGGAAACAAAAAAAAACAAAAAAAAAAGUAAAAAGUGAAACUACUCAACACUUUUUCGAUCCAGCCAAUCCUGCUGGACCAUUGCAUUUUCAUUACACUUAGUGCUUGAAACACUUUUGACAGAUCUUCGGUGUGAAAUAAACACAUGAUAAACUCAUACUGUUGUGUAUCCGCGUCUUGUACUUCUUCUUUCACUAGACAUUAGCUCUGUGAUUUCUAAACCUCUUUUGAG